AAAUAAGAAAAUUGGAAUUCGUCCUUUGGCAAGUUUGGUAGAUUGACAAAGAAGAAGAGAUUCGAAGUGAAUUCUAAUCAUGAAAUACUGCUGUGUCUUCAUUGCAUUCUUGGCAAUACUUUGCUGUCAAACAGGUAACGAUAUUCGUAACCAACAAUCAUAUAAGUUCAUAUGUUUAAACAUGCACGUAAUCUAAUGUUUUGGCUCAUUGUUUUUCAGACGCAAUCGAAGAGACCGAGGAAAUACAUUUGUCAGAGGGCAGAAGCGCUCAAAAAAUCACCCGAAAGGAAUUGUUGGCAGAUCUAAAGGCAGCAAAUUUGGAAAGCAUUGGCUUUGUUCGAUACUCACGGACAACAUCUACAGUCGGAGAAGAUGGAACACGUCAUGAAAAGCGCGUCGUCGGAUACAAAAAACAAGUCAAAUGUUCAGAAGAGGAGGAAGCAAGACAACAAAUGGAGGAACGGUUGCCGAAGCAUUUGUUCUCUCGCAAACUGAACCAAAAAGCUGAUGCAGAUGUCAAAAAAGACUCGGCUAGACUUGAUCAGCGCUUUUGUGAUGUUGGAAUAGAGGUUAAACUUCCUAACAAUGGACGUAAAAGAUUCUUCUUUUUUUUCUUUGCCAUUGUCAUUGUUAUUGGUUAAUUACUACAUUACAACCAAUUUAAAAUUGCGUAUCUUUUUUUUUUUUUUACUUAAAAUAAUGUCUUCGUUAAGUUGUUUGCCGUUUUUGACACGUACGAGUUAAACAAGAUUGUUCUCAUUUGUAAACGUCAUUAUGGAAUAAAGGUUCAUUCUCAUUAUGUUGUUUGCAAGUUUUUUUGGUAUGGAAAUAUUUCGCGAAAUUUGGGAUUCUGAC